CCACAGGCCACCCGUGACUAAUCGUUAGAGCUUCAACCACAUCCUACGUUCAAAUAACUUCGGAAUUAUUGCGAAACCUGUUGUAGCAAGCUGCUGUUCUCCUCACCCGCCUGACGCGUCUGCUGGAAAACGCGUCCGUGCCACCCGGUGGAAAUCACUGAUAUCUUUUCGCGUCGAAGUAAAGAUUGCUUUUGAAGCCAUGGUUUCUUUGUCUGACGCCGCAGAGGCGAUCCGACACACUCUACAGACUAUCUACGAGAAUCCUUCCGGCCAUCACUCUCUGGAUAUAAAUCUUCCUUUGCAUCAAAAUGCUCUAGCGGAAUAUAAUCAAGAUCCCUCGCCCUCGGUUUCCUUAUCCGAUAUUAUCAACGCCUUAUCACGAGCACUCGACGUUGUUUCGCAUUACGAAAAAGAUCAUCUGGCUUCAUUGUAUUCCGAUGAUAACAUUUUAUUCAUUGAGAAACUCCGCCACUGUAAAUCGCUUAUCCAAAUUUACUCUUCACGUCGACAUCCUUCAUCCACGUCCAUCUAUGACCUUCCCCCCGAACUCCUCUCUUGCAUAUUUGAAGAGAGCGUAUCCUUCGCCCCUGGCACAUAUCCUGCCACGGCUCUACGAAUAGCGAGCGUUUGUAGGUCAUGGCGGGAGAACGCACUCUCGCACCCACGUUUAUGGUCCACCAUCGCCAUCACAACACAAGCUCAAAGUUACUCAGUUAUCUACGGACGCGAGGAAGUACUCCGUUUGUACCUCCACCGCUCUCGAAGUGAGCCUCUUACCAUUAUUUUCCGCGGAAAGAGGAGCACCCUUGACCUUCAACGUCGACCCAAGAAAAGUGACAAGCCCGAUUGGAGCUGGGCACAGAGUUUUGUCCCUAUUCUUCGUGCUCAUGAAGCUCGGUGGCAGCGUAUCCGCUUAUCGCGUAUGCUCUGUAAAAACGAGGACAUUGAAAUGCUGUUUGCUCCAGUGGAAGGCGCCCUACCCAAUUUCAGCGAGUUACAGAACCUAACGAUUCCUUCCUUGGACCGCAUGCCCUUGUGGAAUUAUCCUGCUUUCCUGAACGCCCCGAAGCUCACAUCUCUUGCUUUUGAUGAUCCUAAAGAGACACAGUUCCCCUCUGUUGCAGAUUCACAGCAUUUCCGCGCACAGAUAACUGCUUUGCGCAUCGACCGAUGUCUUGGCAUUGAAUGCUUAUUCACUGCGAUGACUGCAUUUCCUAAUAUCCGUGAUCUCAUGGUUUACAUAGACAGACCUCGUCGCUGUGGAAACUUAGGGCGUCUGAGGAUCCUAUCCAGAGUGACAGUGUUGUGGGUGGGCCAUCCCCCCCAAAUUAUGGCGCCGACGUCGAACCUUGUUUCUCGCUUAACAUGGAACCUGUCUGGUAGCUCCUUCAUAGAAAAACCUUUCCAGGGCCUUCGCUUCAAGAACCUAGAUACUCUCCACAUGAUCUAUCACCCAGAGUUUGAUGAUGAAGAAGACAACAACGAUGCUGUCAUUGGUAUUGGUCCAAUCUUAGACGUUGUCUGUUAUUCCGCAUCCAGGCUACAGCAUAUUACCUUUGCCGCGAUACCAAUCUCGGGAAUGGAUAUCAUCAGGAUCCUGCAAGAUCUUCCACAGCUGGGGUCUCUCAUUAUCCAUGACCCGAAUCCCAAUGACUUUGAGCUACCUGACACGCCACCACAUCGUUUACUGUGUCCCAUCGACGAACACCUUUUAUACCAGCUUACGGCGCCACCAUCCGGAUUACCGUUUCUCCCCUGUCUUAAGUCCAUUGAGUUGGUUUGGACUCAGGAUAUAGACGAAACCACUGUGAUGGAUAUGAUUGAGUCUCGUAGAGGAUGCGAUACUCCGUUACAGCGAGCUACUCUCGGGAAGCUAGAGCGGCACAUCAAUCUGGCACCAGCAACGCAUCAACGGCUGAGGAGCCUGAGAAAAGGCGGACUGGAAUUCUUGGAGGAAUGGAACUCGAUAUAAACGACAACGACAAAUUUUGGAAAGUAGUUCAAUGAUGGGCGGUAGUUUUAUCAUCGUAGUAACCGUAAUAAAGGAACGGAAAUGGACUUUUAACACAAACUAGUAGAAUCUCGGGCCAAAAUGCACGCAAUGAGUAGGUAGAUAUCACAGAAAUGCAGUGAUUGUCCCCCAUGUUCCCAUCAGAACCGACACGCCUAGUACGAAAAUAUCAAAGAAGCCACAUGUGCGUGUAAUGGCCAUUUUUGCGCCAAUGGGGCAUAUCACAACAAUUAAGAAGGCAGAGAAGGAUCCCAUCAAUUCAGUGACCCGUCCAAAGUCAGGCACUAUGAUGGAGACGGCAACAGUCAGGAGAGUAAUCGAUAGACGUUGGGCGAUGUCCAAAAGUCGCUGGUGUAGAUUCUGACAUGUUGGUUUGUUUUGUGAUUUGAACAACUUUUCAAUUGUCGCGUUGAGCUAAGGAUCGAUUAGUUCCCGGUACUAUACCUAACGUUUA